AUGGCUCGGCGGAAUGGCUCGGCGGGUGUUGCAUAUUCGAGCCGCGUGUUCGGGGCGCCAUCGAUCCCGAUUGCAAAUGCACGCCGUCAAUCUUCCACGCUUCCGGCCACCACCACCUUCUUACUCUUCGCAUUUUGGCAUCCUGCGCCUCUACUCAGAAGUAGUCGCAACAUCGCCAUGGCGGACCACGAUGGACAAGACGCACCAGCGUCCUCCAAACCCAACCUCCCUUCCGCAGGCACCAGCCUUGUCGUACAUCCUCAACCCUCUUCGCACGAGCAGGAAGCCGCAACCACCCCUUCCGAGCCUGCAGUUCCAGAGCAAACAGAGCAGCCUGAGUCCUCGUUGUCUACCACCGAAGAUGCCAGCAACGCACUCCCUGCCGAGGCUGAGCAAAUCUCCUUGACAGACACAACAGAAGCGGACGCGCCCACGACGACGGGCGAGGCCCCCGACAUCACAAUCUCACAGGCACCACAAGAUCCAGUAUCGCAGCCGGCUUCAUCCGACGAAAAGCCAAAUGUGCCCGAGUCCCAGCCUGUCGCCGUGGACGCAGUCCAAGACACUACCACCCACGCGCAAGCCGAACCGGCCUCUACCGCAACACCAGAAGCUCCAGCGCCUCCCACCAAGGACCCUUCGCCUCAAGAUGAUGCCAGCCAACCUGUCGUCGAAUCCGCACCCGCAACAACAACGACAGCAUCCUCUUCAGUCACUGGCCCCAACGACGCCGCAUCUCAGCAGACACGCCCGGAUGCUACCAGCUCUCGCGCCAGCCUCGCCCAGUCGCGCCGCUCAUCCUCCGUAUCCACAACCGCCACCGCCGCAACCACCGUCCACUCCCGCUCCAGUUUGAAAAGUCUCAACAAGGGCAGCGCCGUCUUUGUCAUCUCGGCGCUCGAGUCCCUCGCCAGCUCCAAAGAGGCAAAGAAGGACAAGGAGCUCAAGCAGGCCGCACAGCUCGCCCUCGACAUGGUCAAGGCUGCCGCCGCAUUCACCGCCUCGGCGCAUUCAGCAGACCAAGAUCCGCCCGUGCUCGAUCCACGCGUCGUCUUCGAGCCUCUCCGCCUCGCAUGCAGGACGCGCAGCAACAACCUCACCAUCACCAGCCUCGACUGCAUCAGCAAACUCGUCAGCUACGCCUUCUUCGCAGAGGACGAUCCCGUACAGGUUGCGAGCGCCACCAUCGCCGCCGGUCAGCCGCCUCAGACCCUCGCCGACCUCGUCACAGAGACCGUCUGCGACUGCUACCAUGAAAGCCUCGACGACAAGGUGGGCCUCCAGAUCAUCAAGGCUCUUCUCGCCUCGGUCCUCUCCACCGUCGUCCACGUCCACCAGUCCAGCCUGCUCAAGGCCGUCCGCACCGUCUACAACAUCUUCCUCAUGAGCAAGUCCCCCGCCAACCAGGCCAUCGCUCAGGGCAGUCUCACACAGAUGGUCCACCACGUCUUUGCCCGCGUGCCUCGAGGCGCACCCUCGGGCUCGGGCGCCAUCUCGGCUUCUGACAGCACCACCGACAUCACACAGCCACGCGUAAAUGGCGGCGACAGCAGCGACACCCAUCCAAACGAGGCCGCUCAGCCCCAAGACGAAAAGAUCACCCUCAAGACUUUCGAGAACCGCAAGUCCUUCGAAGGCGCAUCGGAGCGCGACAACGCAGGCAGCCUUGCCAACAUGAGCACCGCCGAGCUCUUUGUCAAGGACGCCUUCCUCGUGCUUCGCGCGCUCUGCAAACUCACCAUGAAGCCCUUGGGCGCAGAGAGCGAGCGCGACCUCAAGUCCCACGCCAUGCGCUCCAAGCUGCUCUCCCUCCACCUCAUCCUCACCAUCAUCCAGUCCCACAUGGCCAUCUUCACCGACCCCACCGUCAUCAUCCACAGCACCACCACCGGCGAGCAGACCCAGUUCGUACAGGCCGUCAAGCAGUAUCUCUGCCUCAGCCUCAGCCGCAACGCCGUCAGCAGCGUCAACCAGGUCUUUGAAAUCAGCUGCGAGAUCUUCUGGCUCAUCCUCGACGGCAUGCGCACCAAACUCAAAAAGGAGAUCGAGGUGCUGCUCAACGAGAUCUUCCUCCCCAUCCUCGAGAUGCGCACAUCCACCCCAAAGCAAAAGUCCAUCCUGCUCGGCGUAUUCAUCCGUCUCUGCCAGGAUCCGCAGGCGCUCGUCGAGAUCUACCUCAACUACGACUGCGACCGCACCGCGCUCGACAACAUCUACGAGCGUCUCAUGAACGUCAUCUCCAAGAUCUCCCAGGCCCACGUCUCGCCCAACGCCGACGCCAAAGCCGACAAGGAUGCCUUGUCAUCGACGGCCGCCGGGUCGGCAUUGCCAAGGACAUCCGGCUCCGGCCCCGCCAUUCCGCCGUCUCUGAGCACAGCAGCCGCUGGCGACGUCUCUCACGACUCUGUCAUGUCGAGUUCUGGUGCCAACCAGUCGGUUGAAGCCAGGCUCAAGCGACAGAGCCUCGACUGCCUUUGCUCCGUGCUGCGCUCGCUCGUCAUCUGGUCCAGCCGGGCCUCGGUGGCGUCCGAAGCGGCGAGCCAAGACCUUCACGGCCAUCCUGGCGAUACCACCGCCUCGCCACGCCAGAGCGAAGACAUUCGCAUCGGCAACGAGACCAUCACUGUCGACAGCGAGAACCUCAUGGAGACCAACGGCCAUCCCAGCCCCGCCAUCGCCGCACAGCCCUCGUCGGGUCUCACUGCCGGCGCCGGCUCCGAAAUCAGCCGCGGCCAGACGCCCGAGCCCCAAGACGACCCGAGCCGCUUCGAGAACGCCAAGCAGCGCAAGACCAUCCUGCUCGAGGGCAUCCGCAAGUUCAACUUCAAGCCCAAGCGCGGCAUCGACGACCUCGUCAAGAACGGCUUCAUCCGCUCGCGCGAGCCCGCCGACAUUGCGCGCUUCCUCCUCUACGCCGACGGCCUCAGCAAGGCGCAGAUCGGUGAGUUCCUGGGCGAAGGCACGCCCGAGAGCAACGCCAUCAUGCACGCCUUCGUCGACAUGAUGAACUUUGAGGGCCUCGGAUUCACCGAUGCGCUCCGACGAUUCCUCCAGGCCUUCCGACUGCCGGGAGAGUCGCAGAAGAUCGAUCGCUACAUGCUCAAGUUCGCCGAGCGCUUCGUGCACGGCAACCCCACUGCGUUUGCCAAUGCCGAUACCGCCUACGUCUUUGCCUACUCGGUCAUCAUGCUCAACACCGAUGCGCACAAUCCGCAGGUCAAGCACCGCAUGACGCUCAACGACUUUGUCAAGAACAACUCGGGCAUCGACGACGGCAAGAGCCUCCCGGACGAGUACCUGCGCUCCGUGUACGACGAGAUCCAGAACCACGAGAUCAAGAUGAAGGACGAGGUGGCCGCCCCGACGCCCGUCGCGCCGUCGUCGGGCCUGGCCAACGCCAUCGCCACCGUGGGGCGCGACCUGCAGCGCGAGGCAUACGUACUCCAGUCCGAGGGCAUGGCCAACAAGACCGAGGCGCUCUUCCGCACCAUGGUGCGCGCCCAGCGCCGCAUCGGCCCGCAGCAGCGUGCCGCCGCCGAGCAGUUCUUCUCCGCCUCGCACUUUGAGCACGUCAAGCCCAUGUUCGAGGUCGCCUGGAUGCCCUUCCUCGCGGGCAUCUCGGGGCCGCUGCAGGAGUCGGACGAUGCCGAGGUGGUCGAAAAGUGCCUCGAGGGCUUCCGCGACGCCAUCAAGAUCGUCUCGCUCUUUGGACUCGAGCUGGAGCGCAACGCGUUUGUCACCACGCUCGCCAAGUUCACCUUCCUCAACAAUCUGGGCGAGAUGAAGAGCAAGAACGUCGAGGCGAUCAAGACGCUGCUGGGCGUGGCACACAGCGAGGGCAACUACCUCAAGGGCAGCUGGAGGGAGGUGCUCACGUGCGUCAGCCAGCUCGAGCGCUUCCAGCUCAUCAGCGGCGGACUCGACGGCAGGCAGCUGCCCGAGCUCGGUCGAAGGGGCGGCGCAAGUGCGGCUAGCGCCGCCGGUGCCAAUGGCAGGGCGAGGCAGGCUUCGAUGCCCAACAGCGAAGUGGUGCAGGCUGGCGCGUCGUCCGAGGUGACGGUGGCGGCCGACAUGGUCUUUUCGUCGAGCGCCUCGCUGUCGGGUACGGCGAUUGUCGACUUUGUGCAGGCGCUGUCGGACGUGUCGUGGGAGGAGAUCCAAUCGUCGGGUCUGACGGAGAAUCCGCGGCUGUUCUCGCUGCAGAAGCUGGUGGAGAUCUCGUACUACAACAUGGGGCGCAUCCGGAUGGAGUGGUCGAACAUCUGGGCGAUCCUGGGCGAGCACUUCAACAUGGUGUGCUGCCAUCCGAACGUGCACGUGUCGGCGUUUGGACUGGACUCGCUGCGCCAGCUGGCGAUGCGCUUCCUCGAAAAGGAGGAGCUGCCGCACUUCAAGUUCCAGAAGGACUUCCUCAAGCCGUUUGAGGUCACAAUGCAGCGCAACCGCAACCUCGAGGCCAAGGAGAUGGUGCUCCAGUGUCUCGAGCAGAUGAUCCAGUCGCGCGUCGACAACAUCCGGUCGGGGUGGAGGACCAUGUUCGGCGUGUUUGGCGCUGCGUCCGUGGCGCCGUCGGAGCGCGUGUCUGCGUAUGCGUUUGAUCUGGUGCGCCAGCUCAACGCCAAGCAUCUCGGGGCGAUCAUUGUGAACGGCUCGUUUGCCGACCUGUGCAUCUGCGCCACCCACUUUGCCAAGGCCAGCAAGCAGAAGAUCAGUCUGCAGGCGACGGAGCUGCUGCGCGGACUGGUGGCGUCGAUGCUGAGCGCCAAGGAGUGUCCGAUCGAAGAGGGUGGCGAUCCGGGACCGGCAGCGAGCACGCCCAUGUCGGACGACCCCAUGGUGCGCUUCUGGUUCCCCGUGCUGUUUGCCUUCCACGACAUCAUCAUGACGGGCGACGAUCUCGAGGUGCGCCGCGUGGCGCUCGACAGCCUCUUCUCCAUCCUCAAGCAGUACGGCCGUUCGUUCCGCCCGGACUUUUGGGACACGGUGUGCCAGGAGAUCCUGUUCCCCAUCUUUGCGGUGCUGCGCUCGCGCCACGAUGUGACGCGCUUCUCAUCGCACGAAGACAUGAGCGUCUGGCUCAGCACGACGCUCAUCCAGGCGCUGCGCAACCUGGUGGAUCUGUGGACGUUCUACUUUGAGAUUCUGGAGCGGCUGCUGCCCGGGUUGUUGGAUCUGCUGUGCGCGUGCAUCUGCCAGGAGAACGACACGCUGGCGCGCAUCGGCACGAGCUGCCUCCAGCAGCUGCUCGAGAAGAACGUGCGCAAGCUCAGCCUCGAGCGCUGGGGCUUGGUGGUGGAUACCUUCCUCCAGCUCUUCCGCACCACCACGGCGCACCAGCUCUUCGACCCCGUGCUGAGGGCGGAUGGCUCCGCCGAGUCGCCUACGGCCGCGGGUGGUGCCAACGGGGCGCAGCAGCCGGAGCCGAUUUCUCCGGGUGCCGGCACGGCGCAGCUUCCGAGCGAGGCGGUGGCUGGUGAUGCGGCCGAAGACACGCCCCCGCAGCAGCUGCAGGCUCCGGCGGCGGCGGCGGUGCAGCCGACAGCCAUGUCGGGCACGGAGCGGCGUCGGGCGUUCAAGCAGAUCAUCGUCAAGUGCGUGCUGCAGCUGCUGUUGAUCGAGACGACGCACGAGCUGCUGCAGAACGAAGAGGUGUACCGCACGAUGCCUGGCGCUCAGCUGCUGCGGCUGGCGGGGGCGCUCGAGGAGUCGUACGACUUUUCGCGCCGCUUCAACGCGGACAAGGAGCUGCGCGUCGCACUGUGGAAGGUGGGGUUCAUGAAGCAGCUACCGAACCUGCUCAAGCAGGAGUCGUCGUCGGCAGCGACGUUGGUGCAUAUUCUGGUGCGCAUGCACGCCGAUCCGCGCGCAGAGCACGUUGCGCUCCAAGCGGAGAUUCGCGACAAACUCGUGCCGCUCGGGUACGACAUUGUGGGUGCGUUUUUGCCGCUGGAUCCCGAGACGCAGGGGAGGAAUAUUGCCGCAUGGUCGCCCGUGGUGGCGGAGAUCUUUGGCGGGAUUUGCACGUUUGACGAUGCAGAGGGGGAGAGGGUGUUUACCGAGCAUAGUGGCGCGUUCUAUGCGUUGGCGGUGGAUCUGUUGGGCAAGGAGCCGUUGCCGGCGGAUAUUGCAGAGGCGCUCAGGAGGUUCUUGUUCAAGGUGGGCGUGAGCAGGGGCAUGAUUGAUGAGAAAAGCGAGGAGCAGCGCAGGGCGAGGAUGCACGAGGGCAAGGAGCGCGAGCGAAGACUCAGCGAGCGCAUGCGUGGCGUUGUUCCGAACGACGCUUAG